AUGGUUUUGGAAGCUGGUUUAAAUCCCAUAGAAACCAUUAAACGCCCUUGGGAAUUAUACACAAUGUUGAAAACAGUUCUAUAUCCCAAAAACUACGAUUCAGUCUCAGACUGGAUACCCGAUGUUGGCGAUGGAAGAGUUUUAAAAGAACCGACGAGAAAUGUUCCAAAUGAUGCAAAUGAAGAUAGAAUGAGAGCUAUUGCUCCAAACACAAUAGUAAGAGUAGGACGAGCAGAGAAUGCUUCAGAUGCAAAAUUAGAAAUAACGAAUCUCCAACUUUACAUACCCGUAAUAACACCAUCUAUUCAAGUAAAAACGAGAAUAUUCAACUCAUUAACUAAAGAUAUUGAAAUAGCAUUUCUUCGUCGUAAUACGGUAGGUAGCAUGACUUUAACUGGAGAAUCCACCACAUGGCCAAUCACUAACACUAUUAAACCAGCAAGAUAUUUAAUGGUUGGUUUCAAGAACUUACCAGAUUCUCAAACGAAUAACAAUAAUAUCUUUAGAGUAGCAAUGAACCGAACUCAAGAUCCUUUAAUCCAUAAAAUUCAAGUAAGAUUAAACAACGAUAAUUAUCUUAACCAACCUUUAACAAUUAAUCCAACCACGAAGGAUUAUAAUGAAUUGUGUAGAAACUAUAAAACUAUGUGUGAAUUAUUUGGAAAUUCACCUCAGUUUGAAUAUUUAGAUUUUGCAAUUAAUCACCCAAUCUUCUGUUUUGAUCUAUCAGCUCAUCAAGAGGAUCUUUUCAAAACAGGGGUGAAUAUAAAUAUUCAUAUAAAAAAAACACAAGGAAAUGUAACAGGUUAUUGUUUAUUAUUAGAAUAA